AUGGCGAUGGUGACGCUCCCGAUUACCUGUCACCUCCACCUUUUCCUCUUCCUCUCUAGUAGCAUCGUCAUCGUCGUGGUCGCCGGCGUCGCGGCCACAGAGAGAGUCCCAAAUCCAAACAACACCACCGCCGGCAGCACGUCCGCCUGCCCGUCGUACCGGUGCGGGCACGCGGUGGACAUCCGGUACCCGUUCUGGAUCGACGGCGGGAACGGCAGUUUGAACGGCUCCCACCACUGCGGGUACCCGAGCCUGCGGCUGGAGUGCCGGCGCGACACGCCGGUGCUGCGGCUCCCGUCGGGCGACUACGCGGUGACGCACAUCCUGUACGGCGACCGCACGGUGUCCCUGUUCGACCUGGGCGUCUUCUCCCGGUCCAACACGUGCCCGCUCGUGGGCCGCAACCUCACCCUCCCGGACGGCUCGCCGCUGUCGCUGACGGCGAGGGACGCCAACCUGACCUUCUUCAUCCACUGCUCCUUCAUGGGCAUCCCGGCGGCGCACCAGGUGGCGUGCCUGGAGGGCGACGGGCGGCACCACUCGUACGUCUUCCGGGACGGCGACGACCUCACGCCGUACGGCUACGCCGGGCUGUGCCAGGACGUCGUGGGAAUGCCGGUGCUCAGGAGGUCCCUGCUCGGCAGGACGGGCGCGGCAUCCAGCGGCCCGCUGGACGCCGUCGUGCCGGCGCUGAACAUGGGGUUCGAGCUGAGCUGGAGGCCGGAGGCGAUGGGGGAGUGCGGCGGCUGCGAGAAAUCCGGCGGCCUGUGCGGUCACCGUCGGCAUGCGGCGCGAGAUGCAUGGACGUUCACGUGCUUCAGGACGGCAACGACGACUUCUGCAUGGGGCGGACCCAAAUCUUCAGGUACGCAACGCUGUAUCGCCUUCGAUCAGCUGAGAUUGUUCUCUGCAACUUUCUGUUAG